UCCUUGACACUUCUUUCCUGCACCAUGAUUAUGGAUGGCAUGAACUAGUGGGCAAUCUUCCAGAAGGUGUAUUUUAAGCUUAGCAAUGAUACUCAUUCCUAAAGAAGAAAGACCCUGCUCAGAUGACCUGAUUAGUGACUUUUCCAUUAAUGAUCAAUCUGGAGGAAGUGAAGAGCAAGUUGAGGAUACUGCUGAGGAGUCACUUGAAGAAGAGAAAACUGGUAGUAGUAUCACUCCACUCCAAAAUAUAAAUUUUUCAAUCUGCGACUACAUCCAGGAAACCUACUCCUCUCUGCACCAAAGACAAUCAGAGAUCGAUAGUGGGACCUUCAUACCUACUAUGCCUGGAAGAAGACGUUUAAAGCCUUACAAGACUACCAGCCAACUGAAAGAUCUUAUUUCAUCUCACCUACAAACUGAAAUCAGAGCUAUUUGUUCAAUUCCAUGUAGACUAGACAGCGUGCCUAUAAAACUGUACCGCCUUCUACGUAGCCUUCCUCUUUUCCUAGUCAAAACCUGUUCUUCCAAAAGUAUGUACAAGAAGGGCCAGGUGCAUUCCUUCCUGUUCAGUUUCUUGGAAAGCUACGUUCCUCAGGUCAGUGAUGGGGCUAGUGGAGAAUAUGGUCUUGUGAAGUCGUUUAUGGAAUACUGUAUGUUGUGAUUUCCGUAUGGAAAGUGCAUGUUGCUGAUUAGGGGGCUGAGGAAAGAGGGUUUUGAUGAGGAGUAUUGUAGGAAGUUGGAAAGAAUGCUGAAGAAUAGAGAGAGUACUUCGAAAAAGAAGAUUUUGAAGUAUGUAGCCUUUUCAGAGCCGAUCAGGGCUAUUUUUAGGCAAGCUAGAGAUAUAUUGACGCAAUCAGAUUUUCCACAGACUGAGAUUUCACAAAAGCUAAUCGGAUUUGUGGACUACAUCCUUCAAAGGAAUUCUUAAAUGAUCUGGUAUAAUUUUAUGUAAAUUGGUUGACUCUAUUCAA